AUGGCGUCGGAUCGCCUUUCUAUUAUCUUUGGCACCGUCUUGGUUGGCAAAGAAGAGCCGUUCAUUGCUGAAGACUACCUCCAGACGAUCUGGUCAACCCUUCAAUCCCACGGUGUCACAACCCUUGACACUGCUCAGUUGUACUGCAAUGCCGAACAGCGUCUGGGCGAGGUUAAAGCAGGGGAUAUUUUCACAAUCGACACAAAAUGGUUAGCCGGGUGGGUUCCCGGCUCAGGUACCAAAGACACCAUCGUCAAGUCGGUGAAAGCCAGUGUUCACAAGCUCGGGGUGGAUAUCUUCUAUCUUCAUUCUCCUGACGCCCAAACAAACCUCGAAGAAACCCUCGAGGGGGUCAACGAGGCCUACAAUUCUGGCCUCUACAAACGCUUUGGCCUCUCCAACUUUUCGGCUUCAGAGGCGGAAAGGGUUUAUAAUGUCUGCAAGGCGAACAACUGGAUUCUCCCAACCGUGUACCAAGGCAACUAUAGUCCUGUUGCUCGACUCCAGGAGACCCUCUUGUUCCCGACUCUUCGCGAGCUGGAUAUGGCCUUCUAUGCCUACAGUCCCCUGGCCGGAGGGCUAUUGACCAAAACGGCGAAACAGAUAGAAGAAGGCGUUGGGCGGUUCGGCAAGGAUGUCGCGGGUGGCAUGUACCGUGAUAUGUACAACAAGCCAUCAUACCUCAACGCACUGACUAAGUGGGAACGAAUUGCCCAGGAAGAGGGCGUUUCUCGAGCCGAGUUGGCAUAUCGUUGGGUUUCUUCGAACUCACAGUUGAGCACCCAAAAAUACGGAGACGCCAUUGUUAUCGGCGCGAGCAGCCUCGAGCAGCUCAGGGACACCCUUGAUGGACUCGCCAAGGGUCCGUUGAGCGAAAUGGCCUGCGCAGGCAUUAAUGAGGUAUGGGAAGAUGUUAAGCACGAUGCUCCGCUAGAUAACUUCAACCGAUGA